AUAAUGAUGACAGUAUACGAGCAGUGUGUGUCUAAGAACGUUUGGUAUCUAUUAAAUUAAAAUUAAUCGAGGAAUGAAACUCAAUAUAGACAAAGAGAACUUCGUAAAACGUCUAGUUUUAGAGACAAUAGUACGCAAUAAACGCAGAUAUUUUAAUUUCGUAAGUAAACGAAAUCUGCAAAGUAAACUGGCUAAUAACAGUUGAUGGUAUUAAACCUGCUACAGGAUGUUGUCGUUAGUGUUAGUCGUGGCGACGUUGGUAUCCUUAAGUGCGGCUUGCACCCCUAGUGCCACCACAGUGAGUGGCACUCAUGCACCAGCCACAGUAUGCUCAGGAGACCUGGUAUUCUCUGACGAAUUUGAUCACUUUGACUUAGAAAAAUGGCAGCAUGAAAACACUCUUGCAGGUGGUGGCAAUUGGGAAUUUCAAUACUACAGUAACAACCGGACAAAUUCAUUCACCCAUAGCGGAACUCUGUUUAUUCGGCCAUCUUUGACUUCCAACCAGUAUGGUCAGCCAUACCUUAGCAGUGGUCAUUUAAACAUCGAAGGCGGAGCACCGGCUGACAGGUGUACGAACCCGCAGUGGUGGGGCUGCGAGCGACAGGGUACUCCGACAAACAUACUAAAUCCAAUUAAAAGUGCGCGCAUACGUACUGUGAAUUCCUUCAGCUUCCGUUAUGGUCGAGUAGAGGUCCGAGCAAAGAUGCCUGCUGGCGAUUGGUUAUGGCCAGCUAUUUGGCUGAUGCCAGCAUUCAAUGCCUACGGCAGCUGGCCAUCGUCAGGUGAAAUAGAUUUGGUAGAGUCCCGUGGUAAUCGGAAUAUGUUCAGCAACGGAUUACAUAUCGGAACUCAAGAAGCCGGAUCUACGUUGCACUACGGGCCUUAUCCCGAUCUGAAUGGUUGGGACCGAGCCCACUGGGUCAGAAGAGAUAAUGCUGGUUACGACAACAAUUUUCAUCGUUAUCAACUAGAGUGGACUCCCGACUUCAUCAAGUUCAGUAUAGACGAUGUGGAACUGGGAAAUGUUACUCCUGGUAAUGGUGGCUUUUGGGAGUACGGCGGCUUUAAUAGCAACCCUAACAUCCUGAACCCAUGGCGAUAUGGAAGCAAGAUGGCACCAUUUGAUGAAAAGUUCUACAUAAUUAUGAACGUCGCAGUCGGAGGUACAAAUGGUUUCUUCCCUGAUGGCGUCGUUAACCCUACUCCUAAGCCUUGGUCAAAUGGAUCGCCUACGGCCGUCACUGACUUUUGGAAUGCACAAGCUAGUUGGCUGCCAACAUGGAACCUGAAUGUAAACGAUGGACAGGAUGCAUCCCUUCAAGUAGAUUAUGUGCGAGUUUGGGCCUUAUAAGUAAUGGUGGUAUUUUGACUGAAUAUUAAAUACUACUAUCAUACAUAUAUAAGAAUUUUUAUUUCAUUUAAACUGCCUAUCUGUAUUCCAUAA